AUGUUCUCUAUACACGUAUUAAUUUUCACAUUUUAUCUUUUUAUAAUAUACUUUAGAUUUGCUAGACAUGAUUUCACUAAAGGCGUAAUCCUACUCUAUAAGAAUAAUGUUGUUCACAUCUGCGUAACGACAUUUGCGCUUUAUGACCCAUCGUAUUCAAAUUAUAGUAAAGUGUGGAUGCUUCAGACUGGUAAUUUAUUGAUCCGUUGUGCCACACCAUGUUUUUUAGUUCGGAUGUUCACGAUCAAGUUCAAGCGAGAGUUUAUCCGCUGCUGCUAUUGUCUGAGAGGCAGGUGGAGACGUCGGCGACAGGAGGACAGUAAUGGCGUCAGAAAGUCACUACUUGUUCCUCGCAAAAGAAACUCAGAGUCCUCAACAUCUUCCAAGAACAACGGGUUAAUGAGGACAUCCUCCCAUCUUAAUGGUGUCACCCCGCCCGGAGUUGCAGGCUGCAGAUAUUCCUUUGUGUCGCCUCUUGCUGAGAUUAAGGCUAGUUCCAGCAGAGGCUCGCUUAGCUCGGUAGGGAGAGAGGACAGAGUUAAUUUUUUUAUCUCUGUACAGAGAAGAUAG